AUGAACAACCAGGGAGCAUUCGACCCUUACAACAUAAAUAUGAAUCACCUCGCGCUCUUCCACAAUCUCUUCGGCACAAAAUUUCGUUCUUUCGAGGAAUCAGGGCGACCUGACAUUAUGACGACCAAAAUUUACGCCAAACAUGCCCUUAGCAUACCAUAUCUAAUGCAUCAGAUGCUCGCGACGUCAGCCUUGCAACUCAGCACGACGACUACCAGGUGUCGUACCUUUUACCGUGGACAUGCCACGGGUCUACAAAACCGUGCUAUAUCACUCUUCAACGAAGCUAACCCCGUCCUGGAAGUGACCCCGGCCAAUUGCGUUCACAUGUUCCUCUUCUCGUCCGGGGUCGGCGUUCAUCAACUGUGUGAGACGUUGCGUUAUCAAAGAGACGGCCUGGAAAGCUUCAUUGAUAGAUUCACACAUUGUCUAAGUGUUUACCGUGGCAUGCUCGCCGUCAUCGACCAAUGCUGGCAUCUGCUGCUCGAGUCGGAACUGGGACCCCGUCUUAAAUUGACCCAAGUCCUUAUGGACUCAGCGGACGCGAGGGGAUCAGAAUGCGAUGCACUCUGGGAUGUGAUAACUGCGUCAUCAUCAGAUACUAGAACCCCUCUGCACUCUCGGGAGGCGUAUCGGAAGUCCAUAUUCCAUCUUCAGCGCGUGUUCAAUGCGCAGCGUGCAGCCUCGGGGACCAGAAUCGGAGUACCUGCGGUGCUUGCAUGGCCGGUCCUCGCUUCAUCCGAAUACGUAGAUCUGCUGCGGCAGAAGCGAGCGGAAGCCCUUGUCAUCCUCGCACACUAUGCUGUCCUUCUGCAUCGGGGCCGGGACCUGUGGCUGUUCGGCGACAGCGGACGUUUUCUAAUCGAGACGAUUUGUAGGAGCCUGGACUCCCGCUGGCAGGAGUGGUUGAAGUUUCCACAAGCGGUGCUUCGAGAUGACGAAGACUCGGACUCCUCCUUGAAAGGCUAG